UUAAAUUACUUCUUUUGUAUGAAGUGGGAGUAUUUAAAAUCUAUUACAACUCAACAAUAAUGGCCCUUCAUGCCACAUAAUUUCACCUGAUUUGUUUCACAGAGUAACAGCUCAGUUACUUUUCCUGGAUUCAGUUUUACUUGUGACCUUCUGUGAUCCUCCAGGACUUAAAUUCCUGGAAGUGUGGCUUUAUCUCAGCCUGAAGCUCUAUAGAGCUAUUCAGUGAAGAAAUGAGUGAUUAAUAUUUGGGAAAUAAUGUAUUUUGCUUCCAUGUUAUGAUAUUCAUGGGAGACUAGGUAUUUUGUCUCCAUCAAAAUCCUGGCUGUGAUCUUGAACUUGUGUUUCAUUGUAGGGGCUGUAGGCACCAAUGAGAGAAACAAAGCACUCUUAUGAUUAGCAAAAUAUUUAUGGACAGAGUCUGAGUUUAGCCAGGACAGCAAAUUACAUCUGUUCCCUAAAGGGAAUAGUUACUUACGGUUCAAUAGGAAAUGAAUAAAAAUUUGGAGCAAAUUUAUCAGGAAGAUAAUUUUGCUCAUAAAGAGAGAACUAAUAAUGCCACUGAACAGGUGGUUAUGAAGUUGAGAAAGAAUUAUUAAAUGAGUCAGGCAGAAGGUUGCAGUAGCUAUCAUGGUGAGUCAGACCAGUUUCUCUACCUCCUCUUUAGCAAACAUUCCUUUGGUGAUUCUUACACUCAAAUAAGCAUCUAAAUUUCCUUCACCCCUUUUAGAUGGGAGAUGUUUUGUGCAGUUGGAGUGUGCAUUAUUCACUCCAACGAGGGUAAAAAGAUAUUAGGACCUAGAAUUAGGAAAAAAUUAAUAACCUUGAGUUAGAAGAAGGGGAAGUAUGGGUGCAUUUUCAAGGAAUAUUUAGGUAGCCUUGAAGCAAUUACUGAAUCAACUCUUUCUCAAGGAAAUACCAUACCUGGUUUAACCUACUUUGUGGUUGUGAAUGCUCCACAGAGCCAGUUCCUCCUGAAGCCAUUGGCUUCUUAUCUGCAGUUGGUGUCUUUAUUGUUCUUCUGGUUGUCCUCUUCCUCUUCAUCAAUAAGAAGAUAUAUUUAGAAAAAAUAGGACUUCCGUGCCUGGAACAACGAGGGAAAAGGAAGCACUCUAAAGACAAGACUGGGAUCCGUGAGGGACUGGCUGAGAAGUUUUGAGAGUGAACUAUUCACAGCCAUUAAGAGAUCUCCAAUUUAAUUUGUCAUCAUGCUUAUUCUGUAGUUCACAUUAAGUCCAGAGUACUGAAAGAACUGAACAAGUGGACUUGUAGACAUCAGAUAGCUGGCCAUGGUGUUGGCCAUGGCGUCCCAGGAUGGUCAGAACUUCUUCCAGCCUCUCUCUUCCUGGAUAUCUCGGGUUUAUGAAGCUCUCCAGCAAGGAGGAGAUAUGUUAUCUGCUUCGCUGGUUAACUUAAAUAAGCAAGACUCUAAAUUAAGUGAAAAGCUAGACCAGGACUUAGAUGAUAUUCAGAUUCAGGAAGCUUACUUUGAAGAUGAAGAAGAAGGCAAUGAUUGGCGUCAAGAGGAUGAAAAUCCCUUGUUUCUUGAAGUGGAUCAUUUCUCCUGUUGUAAUAGUGAUUUGCAGGACUCUGCUCAAAGUUCAAGCCCCAGACUUAGCCAACCUGAAAAGGACUCCUGUUCCAUAAUGUCCCAGUGGCCCAGUCAGACCCUUGAUGACCAAAAGCCACCACAUAUGCUCUCUUCUAUUGCUGAGGAACAACGUCACCUUGAAAAGCAAAGAAGUGGUCUUCAGCACAGCUUUGACAGCCAGCUCUCUGGUAUUUUAGAAAAUGUUAAUGGAAAAAUGCAAGUUAACAGCUUUGGAGAUGAUGAAGAGCCAUGCACAUCUUCUGACAGUGACGAGGAGGUGAUCAAACAAUUUGAGAUUUCUGUGUCCCGGUCCCAGAGUUUUCGUUCAGAAGCAUCUAAGAAAGGCACACAGGUGGGAUUGGAGCAGAAAUCAAAAUUCAGCCACCUGCUCUCUACCCAUGAAGAAGAUAACACAGAAGUGUCUGCCUGUGAAGGUUUGGAUGGAGCCAGCCAACCAAACUAUUCUGAGACUCCGUCUUAUGGUGAAGAUGAUCCCAUCUCUGCCCACUCACAGUCCCCAUGUGAGGUGGGAAACACCAGGCACCAGGGUGCAUCUCCCCAAGAGACCAGUGUGCCUCGCAGCCUUAGUCGCCAGUCCACAGAAGGCAGCUUGGAAUUGGAGACAGCUUUUAAUAACCGGGGAUUUGAAGACUCCUAUGCUACUGACAGCAGCUCCAUGUGGAGUCCAGAGGAACAGGAUGGGGCCAAUUUUCAGGUGCCGACUGGGGCCCUGGAGCCCAUCUCAAAAUGUGGUGACUUGGAUGUCAUCUUUGAAUAUAAAGGUUCCAGCCAGAAGCUCACAGUGACCAUUGUGAGAGCGCAGGGCCUCCCAGAUAAGGACCGAAGUGGUGUCAACUCCUGGCAAGUUCACGUAGUUCUGCUGCCCAGUAAGAAACAGAGGGGAAGGACAAGCAUACAGAGAGGCCCCAACCCUGUUUUUAAGGAGAAGGUCACUUUCACCAAGCUGGAGCCCAGAGAUGUGGCUGCCUGUGCUAUCCGCUUCCGCCUGUAUGCUGCCCGCAAGAUGACCCGUGAGAGAAUGAUGGGAGAGAAGCUGUUCCAUCUCAGCCACCUGAACCCAGAAGGGGAAAUGAAAGUGACUCUGGUUCUGGAGCCAAGAAGCAAUAUCAGUAGAGGAAAUAUUGAAUGGAGACGGCUCUUGAAGCAACUAUGUCAGCUAAUAAUGCAGGGAAUCUCAUCCAUGACUGCGCUCCCCAGGCCCAUUAUCAUUCACACCAAGUGCGCCAGUGGAGAGUCUCCGCUCAGCCCAUCUGCAGUUUCUCACAGUGAUAGUGCUUCAUCCACGCAGUCGCUGUCUCAUGGAGGGGCGCCAGAGCUGUUGGUGGGGCUGUCCUACAAUGCCACAACGGGGCGAUUAUCUGUGCAAAUGAUCAAAGGCAGCCAUUUCCGAAACCUCGCUGUUAAUAGAGCGCCUGAUACAUACGGGAAGCUCUUUCUUCUCAAUUCUGUGGGUCAAGAGAUGUCCCGCUGUAAGACAUCCAUUCGACGUGGUCAGCCCAAUCCUGUCUAUAAGGAGACCUUUGUUUUCCAGGUGGCCCUCUUUCAGCUCUCUGAUGUCACGUUGAUGAUUUCCAUUUAUAACAGGCGCACUAUGAAGCGUAAAGAGAUGAUCGGUUGGAUUGCUCUGGGCCAAAAUAGUAGUGGAGAAGAGGAACAAGACCAUUGGGAGGAAAUGAAGGAAACAAAAGGUCAGCAGAUCUGCAGAUGGCACACCUUGCUCGAAUCCUAGUUCUGCCAACAGGCAUUUGUGUGCUACGUAUGGCCCGGUGACCCGCAUUUUAGCCACUCAUACCAACUCCGCAUAUGCUGGUGGGCUUUUUAAAGACAGGCUUACAAAUAGGGAUUAGGGUCUUCUAACCUCUGGGACAUUCUGGGCAGGGUCUUUGGGUCUCUCGAAGGUUUGAUUUGAAUUUAAAUAUUGUAAUUAAAAAAAAAACCCACAUACACAUGGUCAAGUGUACUUGAUGGAAAAUUAACCAUAGUUGAGAACAGUGAUGAGUCAAUUUGUGUUCAUAGGUUAGUGUAUCUGGGUUCAGCCUAUGGAAUAAAGCUUUUCUUGCUGUCUCUGUUUGCUUGAAGAAUAACCUGAGAUUUCAGGGGAGCUGUUAAAUCUUACUAUUUGUACCCAGGUAUGUGUAUGAACCAGAAUUUUGUUAAUAUGGUGCCAAAACCCCCCAAAUACAGAAACGAAUCAGAUACUGAGGCUCAUAAAAGAAUGUAACUGUCAUCUAUCAUUCCCUAUUUCACAUUUUUGUCUUUAUGAAAACACCCCUCAUUUAUUUACCUAAUAAAUAAGUGUUAUAAAUGUGUACUUAUACAACACAUUUGUAUUCAUUAUAUAUAUACCUUUCUUUAUCUCACUUAUACAUUGUGGUUUCCUGUGAGAUUUUGUUAAAUGAAUCAUUUUGAAGGUUAAAAAAAGAGUUUAAAAACACUGUUGAAAGACACCUUGUCUCCUUUUCAUUUGUAAGAUUUCCAACUUGUAAUUUUCAAGGGUUUUCUGCCAUUUUUCUUACCUAAUAUAUUCUUACAGAAUGAGAAGAAAACCAAAAAUACCUAUUGAAGUCAUGGAUUUGCUGAUUUUCUGAAUCAGGCGUUUUCCUUUAGAUUACACUUUUUCUAUAUUCAUUGGAAUAUACCCAUACAUAUAUUUUGAACAUACACCUGCAUGUAAACCAUAUUCUUUUUCAUGCACUAUUUUCCAUGAUUAGAGCAUAGUAAGUGGUACACAGUGGGUCUUUAAUAAAUGUUGAUUUGAUUGACUCUUAGAAAUGAACAUGUUAUGACACCUGUGAAUGAAGAAAUAUUUGCAGCUUGUAUGAAAUGACACUGAGUUCUUUUUCUGAGCAUUUGAAGUGCCUAUAAUUGUCAUUUCUCACGGCAUUUGCGGUAGCAUAUAUUAGUCACUCCUUGCAUUCCGGGCAUGUGCCAUUCGGAAUGCUGAUCUUGUGUGGUUAUGAGCAUGAAAUUUUAUUUCCCACUUUGACAUAUUUGUGCAGUGCAUGUUUCUUUUUCUUUUGCUUAUGUCUGCAUCCUUAACUUCAGUUACCUUAAAUUGUCAGUAAUAAAGAAAGGGAAGGAAUGUGUGUCCGUGUAGAGCCGGUGCCUGUCGCACGGCUCUUCUGAGCAAUUGCUCAGUUGCUUAUUUUUAGCUUUUAUGUUUCAUUGUUGACUUUUUGCUGUCUGUGGGGAGAGUGAUAGCUAGUGAUGGAUGUAUACAGUGAAAAACACAGAACUCCUCCUCAGCUCUACAUUUUGACAGAUUGUAAACGUAGGCUGUAACACUUGAAGAACAUAUUUAUCCCUCGCAGUGCAGUGUGGAAUGGUUAUCCUGACAAGAACAGACUAGGGCACUGGCUAAUUCUACUGUGAUUUCACAUACCAACUUGUGAAAGAAGUGAUUUCCUAUGGAAGAAUAAGAAUUAGCAAAAUAAAUUAAUACCUUAAUUUCUUUUUAGGUCACGGGAGUUCCAUCCACAAUACUGCUUCGUUAUUGGGAAUAAGUAAUAAAACCAUGCUCCUUUGGGUUUUUACCCUACCUUUCUUUGGAAGACCUCAAAGUGCUUUUCCAACAUUAUAUCCAUUAACUGCUGAGUGGUCUUUGCAGUGUGGCUGUGUCAUCGAGUAGAACUGAGUGCAAUUGAUUAAGUAGCGGCACAAAGAAUUGGCUUUUCACAACCCUUACUGUCUUCAUGUGCUUGUGUUUAAAAGGGAAGUAAAGCAGCCUUGUUAUGCUUUCCUUUAUGCAGAAACAUAAAAGCAGCAUUCACUUUAAAAUUUACAUUUGAAAAAAACCUGCAUAUAUUGUACUGACAGUCCUGGAUCCCCCCCCACCCACCCCACCCCCGCCUCAUAUUUUCCUGUUCUGUGUUUUGCUGCGUCCCUUGUUUUAUGGUGCCCAAUAAUCACCUAGACUUCAUUUUCUGCCUUGACCCACCCACUUUUAGGGCUUUCUGCUAGUGUAGUGAAGAUAUCCUUGUGUGUUUGAUCUUUUUUCCAAUAGUCUGUUUAUGAGACAGUUACAGGAAUGUGCAGCAUUUUAAGGGAUGAGAUGCCUGAAAAGCAUUUUUAAUUUUUUGUAAUUUUACUAUGUGGGUGCUAUUCACCAUGUAGGAUGCAUGUACAUCUUGAAUAUACAGCAAUCUGAGGCUGAUUGUGUAAAUAUGAAAUGCUAAUGACAAGAUACAUUAAAAUAUGAGGCUGAAA